AUGCGGUCAGGAGGGCCUACUGCACAGCAAGCCGUCUCAGCCGCGCACAUGGACAGGCGAUCCAGGAGACACCCAGCGAGGCCCGACGGUCUCCUCUGGGGCCGUGAGGACCCUUUGCGCAUGCGCUCCUGCACACCGGUGUGGGAGCUGCGUACGGACAGCGGCUCGAGGUGUGACACGCCCGAGCUGCCAAGAGACUUCAACUGUGCCCUGCACCCCAACUGCACCCAGCACCCCAACUGGGCCCAGCACCCCCAGCUGCCAGUAGUAGUCAUGCCACACUCCCUCACCUACAGAGCUGUGUCCCUGGUGGCGGUCUCUUUUGUGGAAGCCCCCAAUCAGCACCCCUUCAGAGAUCUGAGCAGGACAGUGUUUCCUUCAGAGAUGCAAGCACCAGUCCCCUAG